AUGGCUCUCAGGGUCAGAGUCCCCCUUGAAUGGAAUGAUGGAUGGCGUUGUAAACCGCUUCGGCGGCGGAGCUCGUUCCACCUCGUCGGUAAAGGGAGAGAAGUUGAGUUUGGGAGGAUCCCUCCACAGCUUGUUGCCCCGUGUUGGACCUCGAGCGGGCUGGUUGGCGUUGAUCGUUGUGCUGGUCGCGUGACCGCUCACGAACUCGAGCUCCUUGUGGACUCAAGCGAGCACGGACAUUGGAUUGUAAGCGUAGCCUCUCGAGCUCAUUGGUCCUGGGACCUAACCUCGAACGACUCAGAGUACGGCUUGCAGCUGUUUGCGUCUCGUCUGCACGAUCUCGCUCUCUCCCCUACUGGUUUGCCCCUGUUUGACCAGCCUGUGACCUCUCGAACUGCUCGCUAG